AGAAGGAAAGGAGGAGAAGGGAAAUAGCCCUGCUGCCUCCUCUGUGGAUGUUUCCUCUGCUCCCGGCAUCUGGCUUUGAGCUUCCUGGGUGACUCAGAUGCAGCCAUAGCAAAAGGAUCAAGGCAGAUGUGCUCCUCCUGCAGCACAGAUUGGGGCCCAUGGCAGCUUUGGGCAGAUCUUUCCUACCCCUCAUCUUUGCCGGACCAAGGUGGGAGCUCUUCUGGCCUGUCACUUUGCCAUUGAUGCUAGGCUCAAGAUUUGCAAGAUGUGAGCUCAAAUGAUUUGCAAGAUUCAUCCUCAAGAUAUUGGGAUAUCCAGGAUGUAGAAACAAGCAGAGAUGCCAGAGAUUUUCAAGAUAGAAGCUGAAUUUCAUGAACAUACACAACUUCUUGUUCGCGAGUUCUCUACUGGAAUAUCAUGCAGGAGAAUUAUGAGACACUAAUCUCUUUGGCAGAAGAGAUGGCCAUCAGCCUACCCCGGAUUACUGCACUGACCGAGUCCCAUCGGAGGGGGUUGGCAUCAGGAUUUCCACUUUCCAAACCUGACCUGCUCUCCUGGGUGGACCGAGGGGAAAACCCAUGGGUUCCUGGCCUUCAGGAUUCUUUGGGAAGAGAAGGGUCAGCUGCUGCUCAACCAGGUAAUGAGCUGGGAAGGACGAAUGAGGACAUCCCUGAGCAAGAAAUGCCCAGCAAGGCAGACCCACUGACAGGAGGGACCUCGGAGGAGAACUUGGUUGAAGGAGGGAGCAAAUUAAUAGGGACAAUACCGAAAUGCUCUACAAUAGAAGCAAAGGAACAACUUCAGGCAUUGAAUACAUCCAAAAACCUAUUGCCUCCCGGAAAACCACAAGGAGGUGACAGAAGCCACCAUUGUGCUGAGUGUGGCAAAAGCUUCAGCCAAAAGUCCAACCUUCUGCGGCACCAGAGGCUCCACCUGGAUGAGAGGCCCCACAAGUGUGAUGAGUGCGAGAAGAGCUUCUCUGAGGCCGAGGCCCUGGCCAAGCACCACAAGUCUCAUGCGGGUGACAAGCCCUACAAGUGUGAGGAUUGUGGGAAGAGCUUCAGCUGGACCUCCCACCUGGAGAGGCACCGACGGAUCCACACCGGGGAGAAACCUUACGAGUGCAAGGAGUGCGGCAAGGCGUUCAGUGUAGGGUCGCAUCUGGAGAGGCAUCGUCGAAUCCACACGGGGGAGAAGCCGUACCAGUGCACUGAAUGUGGGAAAAGCUUCACCGUCAGCUCCACCUUGGUCCAGCACCAGAGGACUCACACAAAUGACAAGCCCUACCAGUGUGAGGACUGCGGCAAAGGCUUUAACCUCAGUGCCAACCUCGCUGCUCACCAGAGGAAACACCUGGGCCAAAAGCCAUAUGAGUGUCCCGACUGUGGGAAGAGUUUCAGCUUCACUUCCCACCUGGAGAGGCACCAGCGAAUCCACACAGGAGAGAGACCCUAUCAGUGCAACGACUGUGGAAAGAGCUUCAGUCGCAGCUCCCAUCUCUACCGGCACCAGAGAAUCCACACUGGCGAGAAGCCACGGCAGUGCACAGAUUGUGGCAAAAAUUUCUACCUCAGUGCAGCCACCCUCCAGCACCUGCAGGCCUCCCCAAGUGGGGCAAGGGACCCCACAAAAUGUGCCGAAUGUAGCCGCAAACGGGUUGCCCCUCUGCCCUUGCCUCCACCGUCGCCGCCAGCUUGUAGCAAGAAACCCUAUAAAUGCCCCAACUGUGGAAAAGGUUUUGGUCAGAGCUCGUCGCUGGUGAAGCACCAGAGGAUCCACACUGGGGAAAGGCCUUACCAGUGUCCAGAGUGUGGAAAGAAAUUCAGCUGGUGUUCAGCCCUCAUCAAGCACAAGAGGAUCCACACGGGUGAGAAGCCAUACUGCUGUGAUGAGUGUGGCAAAGCCUUCAGCGUCAGCUCACACUUGGAGAGGCACCAGCGGGUACACUCUCCUGACCGGCCCCACAAGUGCACAGAAUGCGGGAAAACUUAUGGGGAACUGGCAUCGCUGGUCAAGCACCAAAAAUCCCAUGUGGCUGAGAGCAAGCGCUAUCGUUGCCCAGACUGUGGAAAGAGUUUCAGCUGGAGCUCCCACUUGGAAAGGCACCAACGAAUCCACACGGGGGAGAAGCCCUACGCUUGCAGCGACUGUGGCAAAAGCUUUAGUGUUAGCUCCCACCUGGAUCGCCACCGGCGGAUCCAUACUGGGGAGAAGCCGUACCGCUGCAACGAGUGUGGCAAGAGCUUCAGCGUCAGCUCCACCCUCCUCCAGCACCAGCGGACCCACUCGAGUGGGAAGCCCCACAAGUGCAAGGAAUGUGGGAAACGUUUUGUGGCCAGCGCUCAGCUGCUCACACACCAGAGGACCCACCGGGGUGAAAAGCCUUACGAAUGCACUGUCUGUGGGAAGAGUUUUGGCUUUGUCUCCCACCUGGAGAGGCACCAGAGAGUCCACACAGGAGAGAAACCCUAUCAGUGUCCUGAAUGUGGGAAAUGUUUCAGCCGCAGCUCCCAUCGCAACCGCCACCAGCGCACUCAUGCUACUGACUGUACCCCAAAGGGAAGCAUGCGAGGAGCAACUGAUGGAGGGAAAGGAGGGGAUUUCUACUCUUCCUCUCAAUCCAGGCUCCCCAAGGAAAUGGUUUCUGGUAUCCCCGAACCCCCGCUUUCUCUCAUGCCGCCUUGGUGGAGUGAGGCAGACAGGAGUGCCAACACUUCAGUUGCUUCCAUGUGGACUGAGGCACCAAGUCCUUUCCAUGGCCCCAUUAUGCCCAAUCCUGCCCCACCUGCGGGAUUAAGGGGAUGGGGCAUGAAGGGGUUCCUACCUCCAGAGACAUGGAGAUUGGGAGAAAGCAGCUCCGGCUGGGUGUCCACUCUCAUGCAAGAAGGGUGGCCACAGCCUCCCCCAACAUCCUAACUAAAUCAUCAGACUUUUGCAGGGUGAGCUGGAUUGGCCUCAAAAUGAAGACAGAGACCUAACCCAACCAUUCUGGCAGGGCACACGGCACAGUUUGUUUGUGGGUUGAUGCCACCUCAGAACAGGGGCUGAGAGAUGGAGAAGGGACAUAAUAGAGUGGCUGUGAACUAGGUGGGGUCUUUUGUCGUUCUGUGAUUUGUAUCAAAAGAAAUUCUGAAGAAAAGAGCUUUGGAAACUUGA